CUCCUCCUGGCGCCCAAGCUCUAGUGGGCACCUACCGCAGGGCGUGCCCAGCGGCCUGAAUGCCUCCAAGGUGCCUCCCACGCGUCGAUGAGCUUGGGGUGCUGGGCACUGGCUGCCAUCGUCGCGGGGAGAGCCCCAAGGCUUGAACCGAGAAGUGGGCACCACUGUCGAGGGAGCCUGCUCUGCUGCGUCUCUCCCUUUGCUUCGCCAUUGCCAAGGACUGGGAGCAGCACUCUGGCGCCUGAUAGGAGUGUAGCUGGGGACACCGUGGAGGGAGGCCCCGACUCCAACCCCACGCCACGAACCCUAUCAGAGCGUUCCCUCUACCUCGGCCAUUCUUCACCCUUUCGGACCCCUUUGCCAUGAACCAGCCAGCCCCUGGGGCUCCCCCGCCACCCCGCCGGGUGCGGCUGAAGCCCUGGCUGGUGGCCCAGGUGAACAGUUGCCAGUACCCAGGGCUUCAGUGGGUCAACGGGGAAAGGAAAUUCUUCUACAUCCCCUGGCGCCAUGCCACCAGGCAUGGUCCCAGCCAGGAUGGAGACAACACCAUCUUCAAGGCCUGGGCCAAGGAGACGGGGAAAUAUACUGAGGGGGUGGACGAGGCUGAUCCAGCCAAAUGGAAGGCCAAUCUGCGCUGUGCCCUUAACAAGAGCCGGGACUUCCGCCUCAUCUAUGAUGGGCCCCGGGACAUGCCGCCUCAACCCUACAAGAUCUACGAGGUCUGCUCCAAUGGCCCUGCUCCCACAGAGUCUCAGCCCACUGAGGAUUAUAGUGUAUGUACCGAAGAGGAGGAGGAAGAAGAAGAGCUCCAGAGGAUGUUACCAGGCCUGAGCAUCACAGAAACAGUGCAGCCUGGCCCCCCAAUGGCAUCCUAUUUACCCAAAGAAGAUGCCAAGUGGUCACCAGCUCUCCAGCCACCUGUGGGGCUGGGUCCCCCAGCUCCACCCCCCAACCUCCUGGCACCUCCUCAUGGCGACCCUGCUGGCUUUGGGCAUCUUCUCCCUGGGGUCCUGCCGAACCUGGAGCCUGGGCCCCUGGAUGCCAGCCUGCCCCCUACCGGAGAGCAACUCUUGCCUGACCUGCUGAUCAGCCCCCAUAUGCUGCCUUUAACAGACCUGGAGAUCAAGUUCCAAUACCGGGGGCGGCCACCCUGUGCCCUUACCAUCAGCAACCCACAAGGCUGCCGGCUCUUCUAUAGCCAACUGGAGGCCACCCAAGAGCAGGUGGAACUCUUUGGUCCUGUGAGCCUGGAGCAAGUGCGAUUCCCCAGCCCUGAGGACAUCCCCAGUGACAAGCAACGCUUCUACACCAACCAGCUGCUGGAUGUCCUAGACCGAGGGCUCAUCCUCCAGUUGCAGGGUCAAGACCUGUAUGCCAUCCGUCUCUGCCAAUGCAAGGUGUUCUGGAGCGGGCCCUGUGCCACAGCCCAUGGCUCAAGCCCCAACCCCAUCCAGCGGGAGGUCAAGACCAAGCUCUUCAGCCUGGAGCAGUUUCUCAAUGAGCUCAUCCUGUUCCAGAAGGGCCAGACCAAUGCCCCACCACCCUUUGAGAUUUUCUUCUGUUUCGGGGAAGAGUGGCCUGACCGAAAACCCAGAGAGAAGAAGCUCAUUACUGUACAGGUCGUGCCUGUUGCAGCCAGGUUGCUGCUGGAGAUGUUCUCAGGGGAGCUUUCUUGGUCAGCUGACAGCAUUCGCCUACAGAUCUCAAACCCAGACCUCAAAGACCACAUGGUGGAGCAGUUCAAGGAGCUCCAUCACAUCUGGCAGUCUCAGCAACAGCUGCAGCCUGUGGCCCAGGCCCCACCGGUGGCAGGCUUUGGUGCUGAACAAAGGCCCUGGCCCAUGCACCCAGUCAGCAUGCAAUAACAGGGCUGCAAAUACUGGAUGGCCCAGGUUUCCUUGGUGACUAUGUGGACUGAUUAGCUGUGAUAGCCCCAGAAGGCCUGGCUGGCUGCAGGGUCCUACCUCUGGGUCUCCUGAAUGUGGAUUUGGGCCAAGUACAAAGAAAGGCCAAGCACCAAGUUCUCUCUGCAAAGCUCUGCUUUACAAGGGCUCCAUCUUCUUGGGCCUACCCCUAUGUUCAUUCUAGCUCUGAAGAAACUCAGCCAGUAGCCAAAAGAGCAGGAAAAGAACACCACCAACCUUGGGGGCCUAGUUAUGGUUGCCCCCCACCCCUUUUUUUGGCAAAAGAGCCAAGAAGUGUUGUGGGUCAAGUCCCUCAGCAAGGCCUCUGCUGGGAAUGGGCCUGAUUUGGGGGUUCCCCAGUUUGAGUGUUGCUUCAUCUUCUUUCUUCUUCCUGAGAUGGAUAUGAUGAGCCUUUGUGUUACUGGAUACUUAAGAUUGGCAACUACUCCCCCUUUUUCAGAGUCUAAGAACCUGGGGUAGAAAAUAUAAUUUUAUGUAUUUUUGGAUUAAAAAAUGUUAAAAACAGA